AUACAACUGUUGUUUAAGAACAUCAUUCUGAAUGGUGAGCUGUUUGACGCGGUGUCCGUUGCCGAGGACGAUACAUGGAGACGGAUCCGCAGUGUCCUCUCACCUUCCUUUACCUCUGGACGACUGAAAGAGAUGUUUGGUAUCAUGAAGCAGCACUCUGCUAACCUGCUGAACGGAAUGAAGAAGCAGGCAGAUAAAGACCAGACCAUCGAAGUGAAGGAGUUCUUUGGGCCCUACAGUAUGGACGUGGUCACCAGCACAGCUUUCAGUGUGGACAUUGACUCUCUGAACAACCCUUCAGACCCCUUCGUCUCCAACGUCAAGAAGAUGUUCAAGUUUAACCUGUUCAACCCACUGUUCCUCCUAAUCUUGUUUUUUCCCUUCACUGGUCCUAUCUUGGAGAAGAUGAAGUUUUCUUUCUUCCCGACUGCGGUGUUGGACUUCUUUUACGCCUCGCUGGCUAAGAUCAAAUCUGGACGUGACACUGGGAACUCAACUAGUCGGGUGGAUUUCUUACAAAUGAUGAUCGACUCUCAGAAAGGCAGCGACACAAAGACAGGAGGGGAACAGACUAAAGGACUGACUGAUCAUGAGAUCUUGUCUCAGGCCGUUAUCUUCAUCUUCGGUGGCUACGAGACCAGCAGCACUACUAUGAGUUUCCUGGCCUAUAACCUGGCAACCAAUCCCCACACCAUGACCAAACUGCAGGAGGAGAUAGAUACUGUGUUCCCCAACAAGGCUCCAAUCCAGUACGAAGCUCUGAUGCAGAUGGACUAUUUGGACUGUGUGUUGAACGAGUCUCUGAGACUGUACCCCAUCGCCCCGCGACUGGAGAGGGUCGCCAAGAAGACGGUGGAGAUUAACGGCAUCGUCAUCCCCAAAGACUGCGUUGUCCUGGUUCCCACGUGGACCCUCCACCGUGACCCAGAGAUCUGGUCUGACCCUGAGGAGUUCAAACCAGAGAGGUUCAGUAAGGAGAACAAGGAGUCUAUUGAUCCGAACACGUACAUGCCAUUUGGGGCGGGGCCCAGGAACUGUAUCGGGAUGCGCUUCGCCCUGAUCAUGAUCAAACUGGCCAUGGUCGAGAUCCUCCAGAGUUUCACUUUCUCUGUCUGCGACGAGACCGAGAUCCCUUUGGAGAUUGACAACCAGGGUUUGCUGAUGCCAAAACGACCAAUCAAACUGAGGCUGGAGCCCCGUAGCAACACCCUUAGCAACACCACUCUCUGAAGAGUUCAACAACGUGACCGAAUGCAGGAGCACCCUGCCCUAGAGCCUCCCACCCUACCCUAGAGCACCCUGCCCUACCCUAGAGCAGCCUACCCUACCCUAGAGCACCCUGCCCUACCCUAGAGCACCCUGCCCUACCCUAGAGCAGC